GAUUCACUUGUCAUCUAUCUUUUACAGCUAGGGUGAGUGUAUGCUAAGCACGUGGAAAGAUAUGGAAAAUACACUCAGAAAAUAAAUUAAUAUUUAUAUAAUUUAUAGGAAUAGCAACAAGUACUUCAAAUUUCAAGAUGUCGAUGUAUAACUUCAAAAAAAUAGCUGUAGUCCCUACAGCAAAAGACUUUAUAGAUAUUAUUCUAUCAAAGACACAGCGGAAGACGCCAACAGUUGUUCACAAACAAUAUAAAAUCACGAGAAUAAGAGCUUUUUAUAUGCGUAAAGUGAAAUUUUCCCAACAAAGUUUUCAUGACAGAUUAACUCAAAUUUUAACGGAAUUUCCAAAACUCGAUGAUGUACAUCCAUUUUAUGCCGAUCUUAUGAAUGUUUUAUACGAUAAAGAUCAUUACAAAUUAGCUUUGGGUCAAAUAAAUACUGCAAGACAUUUAAUAGAUAAUGUGGCAAAAGAUUAUGUAAGGUUAUUAAAGUAUGGAGAUUCACUUUACAGAUGUAAACAACUCAAAAGGGCUGCUUUGGGGCGAAUGGCCACUAUCAUGAGAAGGCAGGCCUCUAAUUUAACAUAUUUGGAACAAGUUAGACAGCAUUUGGCCAGAUUGCCUUCCAUAGAUCCAUACACAAGAACAAUAAUAAUAUGUGGUUUUCCAAAUGUUGGGAAGUCUUCAUUUAUAAACAAGAUUACUAGAGCUGACGUGGAAGUUCAACCAUAUGCAUUUACCACAAAAUCAUUGUAUGUUGGUCACACUGAUUAUAAAUAUUUACGUUGGCAAGUUAUUGAUACUCCUGGUAUAUUGGAUCAUUCAUUAGAAGAAAGAAAUGUUAUUGAAAUGCAGGCAGUGACUGCUUUAGCUCAUCUUAGAGCUUGUGUUUUAUAUUUUCUAGAUCUUUCUGAACAGUGUGGACAUGCUAUAGAUGAACAGGUCAAACUAUUUGAAUCGAUAAAACCUUUGUUUGCAAACAAACCUCUUUUGAUAGUAGCUAAUAAAUGCGAUAUAAUUAAAAUGGAUGAAUUGCCAAAAGAUAAAAGAAAAGCUGUUAAAACUAUAGAGGAAGAUAAAGAUUUAACAAUAAUAGAAAUGUCAACAGUUGAUGAAACGGGUGUAAUGGAAGUAAAAACUGAAGCUUGUGAGAAACUGUUAAGUUUCAGAGUAGACCAAAAAAUGAGAACUAAAAAGGUGGAUGGAGUAUUAAACAGACUUCAUGUAGCUGUGCCAAAACCCAGGGAUGAUAAGGCUCGUCCACCUUGUAUUCCAGAAAGUGUAUUAGUCAAGAAGCAGUUAGCAGAAGAAAAACGUAAACGUAAAUUAGAGAGAGAUAUAGAACUAGAAGAAGGAGAUGACUAUGUUCUAGACCUUAAGAAACAUUAUGUUGAUAUUCCAGAAGAAGAAAGAUAUGAUAUUAUACCUGAAAUUUGGGAAGGGCACAAUAUAGCAGACUACAUUGAUCCGGAUAUCUUCGAUAAACUGGCAGAAUUGGAGAAAGAUGAAGAAUUUAGGGAAGAAACAGGAAUGUAUGUUGUUCCUAAAAUAGAAUUGGAUGAUACAAUGAGGGAAAUUAAGAAAUUGGCUUUACAAAUCAGGCACAAAAAAGCAAUUAUUAAGGAUGAAGCUAGGAUUAAUAAACAAAGUAGAAAACCAGUUAUGCCUAGGACAGCUGGUGCUAAAGUAAGGGAUCGUUCAGUGUCGAAAUUACGUGAUAGUAUGGCAGAACUUGGUGUUGAUUUAUCUGAUAAUGAAGAUGCUCACUUCAUGAACACUAAACAGCGAAGCAGAUCAAUGGGCCCUCCUGUUAAAAAAAUGAGAAUGGAAGUUAGCGAAAGUACUUCACUAAAUAGAAGCAGGUCUUUGUCUAAACCACCAAGGAAUGAGAUGGGUAUUAAAGAUAUAGCUAUGAAGAAGAAAUUGGCUAAAAUAGCACAUAGAGCUAUCAGCAAGAAAGUCAAGAAAAUGGGAUUGAAGGGAGAGGCUGACAGAUUUAUUGGAAAUAAGAUGCCAAAACAUUUGUUCUCUGGAAAGAGGGGUGUUGGAAAAACCGACAGGAGAUAAUUUGUAGUAUUUUUAAUUGGUACUAGUUUGAAGUUUCGAAUGGGUUUGUUAAGUUUUAAAUGUGUUACCCAAUAAUUGUCUUUGAGAUCAAGUAAAGUUUAUUACAUCUAUA